GCUGUUGUUGGCAAACAGAGCUGUGCGCCUGCGCACCGUUCAUAGCAACACCGCGGGGCAGCAGAGGUAACGAGGGAUCGUUUAUGCGCAUUUUUGGGACGAAAAGAGAUAAUUCACCGCAAACAGACUCGCAGGAAUCAUGGGAAGUGUGUUCCUGCCGGCGGACGCGGCCCACUCAGUGCUGCGCCGGCUGCGCAGGGCCAACUUCUUGCUGGAGGAAAUGAAGCAGGGUAGCAUUCAGAGGGAGUGCCGCGAGGAGAUCUGCACCUAUGAGGAGGCCCGCGAGGCUUUUGAGAACGACGAGAAGACGAGACGGUUCUGGGAAGAGUAUGUGCGGGAGAGCAGUCCCUCUGGAGGGCUGGAGACGGUGGUCGGAGGAGUCCACUCGCUGUACUUGAUCGUGCCGUUGCUGCUGGUCGUGCUCAUCGUUGCCGCUGUAGCCAUCACCGUGUGGCGCUGCCACUCUCGCAAGCGCUCGCAGCGCAGCCCCAGCCUGGGCCACUCGCAUCAUGACCACGUCUUGUCGGUGGUCUCCAUGGACCAUUGGGGGAGGGAUUACCACCAUGGGGACCAAUCAGAACUCAGCGUCCACAGCAGCCCUGCAUAUCCAGGCUCAGAGCUCACAUCAGGGAGAGGAAGCGCUGGAGACCCGCCACCGUCUUAUGAUGAGGCUGUGGGCCAUUCAGAUGUCCAAAUAGAGACAGAGCCACCUCCACAGUAUGAGGAUAUAGUCAACACCAGCGCUUCCAGUGUCAACGGUGGUCAUGUGAAGUAAACCUGUCUCUCACGAGCACCCCAACAAAAGCCCUAACAUACACUAAGACCAUCUGAUCAUUUAGCAGUGUCACUAUUGUGGUAUCAUGAGCCUUCCUCAUUCAACACACACAGAAACACUUCACUGUCUGUUCAAUGGAUUAAUGCAAACUUUUCCGGAGCCAACGCUGUUGAAAUUUGCACUAACUUUCCCUCAGUGAGGUGAAGUGAUAGCAGGAAGGAUAUUGCAAAACCAAAACCAACCAGCUCUGCUGAUCUUCCUCAAGUCGCAUCUAUGCUGUCACACCGUAGCAAACGAUUUAACUCGGCAGGCACAACACAUGUUGCAUGUGGCGUGAAGAAAAAAGGGUUCUGAUUGCCACAAUGAUGGACUAUUCCAAAAGUGGAUAUGGGGGUUGGAUCGAUGCUUUAUUGAAGGGGAUUGCCAAUUCUUGAAGAUUAAGUGGCCUGUAGCAGAUAUUUUGCAACUAAUUAAUUUGUUUGAAUUUAAAUGGAAAAAUAAGAAUUGUGUAUAUUGCACACUUUGCAAGAAUAUUGCUUUGCGAGAUUCAGAAACAGCAUUUAGAAAACCCGGACAAAUUAAUAUUGCAUUAAGCGAUUGUUGAACACAGGGGCAGAAAGAGAAAAACCAUGCAGAAAAUCAAGCUUAUGAUUUAUAUCUAACCUAGAUACUGAAGCGUGUUUCGCUCCUGUGAAGAGCAAUUUCAAUACAUUGUGUCAAAUGAGGGAAACCCAUGAGCCCACAUUGGACGCUUAAACCACACUAAUAAGGCACAUUUAUAUUUUAUGACAACAAAAUAUUUCAUUUAUAUAUGGUUGUUCGACAAUACAUUUAUCUAUCAUUUAACUAACAUGCUCAUUGGUUGGAAUGUUAUCAUGUUCAGGUUGUCAUUUACGUCACUAAAGACGCCUCUUUUUGCCACCGACAGGCUCUGAUUGUUAUUUUAAGUGUCUGACAUAAUGGAAAGACUCGUUGAGAAGUCUCGUUCUGAAAUCUGGAGCAGUGACACGCUACCGGAAGACAGAUAUAGAAACCCAAGUGCCAGCCGGGCAGAGUUAGUGGUUCUGGAGUUCAGAAAGGACAGCUUGGUGAAAUCCAAAAAAAUGUCAAUGUCAUGGCUGACUAUUUAGAUGGGUUUAACAAUGUGGAGGAGGUCACCUGUAUUUAUUGGAGAGUGGCUGAAGAACACAGUUUUAUUCUCUAAUAUAUAAUCUGAGCCCGUCGGUGGCACUUUUAGUGAAUGUAACGUUGCAUUGAAUUGCCCCCGCAGACUGUUUCCCGGCCUCCGGUUACAGCGUUAUCCCUCAAUACUGGAUACAUUUCCAAAAUAACUUUGCCAUUGGUCAUUUAGACACAAAAAACAUGGGGACAUGUAUUCAUCUCACCAGCUAACUUGAUUCCAAUAUUUACUUGACUGGUUUGGUGACUGACUAAUGAGAGUAAUAUCAGGCUCUUUUUAGCUCGCUAAAUACAAAAACAUUCUUCACUAGUUCUUCAUUUACUUUUUGCCGUGUAGUGCAGGGUAGUCGCUGUGCUUGGCUUAUUUGGGCUUGUUGACUGUAAAUAGUGAAUAGAAUGUAAUGUAAAUGCCCACAGUUUUUCUUAUGGGAGCAUUGAGACCCAAUCACUUAGUGAAUGAUCAGGUGGAACCAAAACCAGAUUAAAACUGUGUACAGCUACAAAGUUGGGCGUUAAUUUACUUUUUCACAUUACAAUCUGUAAUUUGAUUAAUUGUUGAUAUCAAUAAUAUCACUCAAUUCAGGUUUAAAUAGUCAAGUUGCCAAAUGAAUGCAUCGGUCCAACUUCGGAAUACACUGGUGUUUAAUAUUUAAGAUAAGACCAGCAGUAAAGUAUGGGGGGGGACACUGAAAUGUGUUUUGUGUAAAUGUGUUAUAUGUACUUAUAUUUUGGUAAUGCAUGUAGCCUAGUCUGUACACCUGAGGUCAGAUCUGGCUCUGCACUGUGUAUUGAUGGUCAGUGCUUGCUGGCCCAUGUCCUCCUGCUGGGCUGUUGAUAAUUUCUCAGAGCCUGCUUUAACUGUGAAAAAUCUCUCCCUGUGCUUUCCCUUAAUGCAAAUAUAACCGUGUUUAGAAAUGAUCACUGAGUCUUCUGCUGGGCCACUUUCACUAAAAGCACAGUGAGGUUUCUUCAAAUAGUUUGCAGCUGCACCAUACAUGUACAUUGUGGAGUGACUUACACAGGAAUGUGGGACAAAGCAACAGAAACAACGGGGAGAGAUUCUGUAUUUAACAACACUAUGGACAGAGUUCACGUUUAGCAUGUCUUAUGUACCUGUAUAUAAAUAUGUAUAGUCUCUACGUGUGAAAGUAAGGUAAAGUGAGAUUGUUUUUUACUGCAUAGGAAUGCAGCACUUGCAUAGUGUAAUUAUAGUGUAACUAGUAUACAGUAUGCUGUGGAUAAAUGAAGGCACUUCCUGUGUUUAAGCUCAAAAUGGUCCGUUUGGUGAAAACUAGGACAGUCGGCCAUAACGAUGUCACUGUAAACCUAAAAAAAAAAAGUGCUCAUGCUCUAUAUGCAAUUUUCCUGCAUACACUCUAAAAACCAAAAAUAUCUGUCUGAUGUUCCCAGAUACUAAUGAGUGCCAUAUUUCCUGUUCACACCUCACAGAGUUGGAGCACUGAUUAUACUUGUUUGUGAGUUGACCUGUGAACCUCAGCACUAUGACCAUGAACGGACGUCUGCUGGUGGGGGUCGUAGGCACUUUGGAUCGGUCAGUUGUUGGACUGUUACAUGCAGAGCUCUUUUUUUUGCUUAUUUUUUACAAUGCCUUAUCAAACAAACUGUUCUAUAACACUAAAUGCAAGAUAACUUGUUAUAAAUCCUUCAUGUGCAGAAGCUUGAAUUAAUUUGUAAUAAAAAAGAAAAAGUGCUACAUGUUACCUUAAUUUAAUUCAGUGCCAUAUGAAUGUAGUGUUUUGUGCGUUUAAACUUGUCGCCUAUUCCCUGCUUGACUCACCCAAAGAUCCACAGGAUGCCUGCCAUGUCUUCAAAAGUUUACUAAUUAAAUUAAUCAAUCAA